GGGAUCUGCUCGGGGAAGAUCCGCCUCCCAACUUUUAUAUUGCUCUGGUAUUUAUACCAAAGCCCCAGCAGAUCCAGGGCCCUGAAACCAGGAAAUCCUGCGACCUCGGUGUUCGUGUCCUUUAAUCUGUUCACUCAGCCCAUCAUGUGUGAAGAAGAGACCACCGCCCUCGUGUGUGACAACGGCUCCGGCCUCUGCAAGGCUGGCUUUGCUGGGGAUGAUGCACCCCGGGCAGUUUUCCCUUCCAUCGUGGGGCGCCCAAGACAUCAGGGUGUGAUGGUAGGAAUGGGCCAAAAAGACAGCUACGUGGGAGAUGAGGCCCAAAGCAAGAGGGGUAUCCUGACUCUGAAGUACCCCAUUGAGCACGGCAUUAUCACCAACUGGGAUGACAUGGAGAAGAUCUGGCACCACUCUUUCUACAAUGAGCUGCGGGUAGCACCAGAAGAACACCCCACCCUGCUGACAGAGGCUCCUCUAAACCCUAAGGCAAACCGGGAGAAGAUGACCCAAAUCAUGUUUGAAACCUUCAAUGUUCCUGCCAUGUAUGUCGCUAUCCAAGCUGUUCUGUCUCUUUACGCCUCUGGCCGUACCACUGGCAUUGUCCUGGACUCAGGAGAUGGGGUCACCCACAACGUGCCCAUCUACGAAGGCUACGCCCUGCCUCAUGCCAUCAUGCGUCUGGAUCUGGCUGGCAGGGAUCUCACUGACUACCUCAUGAAGAUCCUCACAGAAAGAGGCUACUCCUUUGUGACCACAGCUGAACGUGAAAUUGUAAGGGACAUCAAGGAGAAACUCUGCUAUGUGGCCCUGGACUUUGAGAAUGAGAUGGCCACAGCUGCCACUUCUUCUUCCCUAGAGAAGAGCUAUGAGCUACCUGAUGGUCAGGUCAUCACCAUCGGCAAUGAGCGCUUCCGCUGCCCAGAAACCCUCUUCCAGCCCUCCUUCAUUGGUAUGGAGUCUGCAGGCAUUCAUGAAACAACUUACAAUUCCAUCAUGAAAUGUGACAUUGACAUCCGGAAGGACUUGUACGCCAACAAUGUCCUCUCUGGGGGGACCACCAUGUAUCCUGGCAUUGCAGACAGAAUGCAGAAGGAGAUCACGGCCCUGGCCCCCAGCACCAUGAAGAUUAAGAUCAUCGCUCCUCCUGAGCGCAAGUAUUCGGUUUGGAUUGGGGGCUCCAUCCUGGCCUCUCUCUCCACCUUCCAGCAGAUGUGGAUCAGCAAACCAGAGUACGAUGAAGCCGGGCCUUCCAUUGUCCACAGGAAGUGUUUCUAAGAUUGGGUCCAUUGGGCCUCCUUGGCGCUGCUCUUCCUCCUGCACCCUCUGCUCUGUUGCUGAUCCCAAUGCAUUAAAGUUCGCAAGCCUUA